UAUUAUGCUACGCUUACUGAUACGAAACAGUAGUACACUGUUCGUGUUUUUGUGCUUUGGUUUGUUUCAGUGUCAUAGUUGUUUCUAGUUACUAAUUAUCUCUAAUUAAUUACUAGUACUGUAUCUUAGCUACAAAAUAAUAGGAGCUUAUUUGGGAAGAUAGAAGACCUCGACGAUUUGAAUCGCUUUACUCUGUGACUGUUUAAGCCAACAGGAGUAGCUUGUUUGUGUGACAUAGACGGUUCACCUUCGUGCAGAUGGCCUGCACUUUAGAGAAAGUAUUGGGAGAUGCACGGACUCUGCUGGAGAGGUUAAAGGAGCACGACACCGCCGCUGAGGGUCUCAUCGAGCAGUCCGGGGCUCUCAGUCAGAGGGUGCAGAGCAUGAAAGAGGUGGGAAAUGCUCUUCCAGACAAGCAUACAGAAGACACUUCAGAGGUCCAAGAGAUGAUCAAGUACAAGCCUCAUGUCCUUUUGACUCAGGAGAAUACUCAAAUCAAGGAGCUCCAGCAGGAAAAUAAAGAGCUCUGGUUGUCUCUUGAAGAGCAUCAAUACACAUUAGAGCUGAUCAUGGGUCGUUACCGAAAGCAGAUGCUCCAGAUGAUGAUGGUGAAGGAAGAGAUGGACACAAAGCCUGUUCUUACACUGCACGAGGACCAUGCAAAAGAAGUGCAGACCCAGGUGGAGCGAAUAUGCGAGAUGGGCCAAGUGAUGAGACGGGCCGUGCAGGUGGAUGAUCAGCGCUACUGUUCCAUUAGAGAGAAGCUUGCCCAGCUCGAGAUUGAGAAUAAGGAGCUACGAGACCUCUUGGCCAUCAGCAAAGACUCAAUGGCAGCAGCGAGGGAGGAAAGCACGCAGCUUGCAACAUCAACACAUGAAAACAAUCCCCAGCUAGAGUCCAAUGAUUGAAAUAAACUGCUUGUUUUGGAACUUUUAGGCAAAUAUGCUUAUAAUGGAUCUGGAACCACAUUUUGGAGUGAUGCAAGUUUUUAUGUAAUUGUCGAUUUCACAUAAUUAGGCACAUUGCUAUGUUGAUGUAAAUUCAGUGAUUGCUUUUGAAAAGAACAAUGACAUGUACAGUAUGACACGUGGAGUUUGAAAUUUUGUUGUUUUAGGCCAAAGAUAUAUUUGAUCUAAAAGGAUAUAGUUUCUACCUCUUUGCUUUUCACACAGUUGUUCACAGCCACCCAUGUUUGACUGUAUCUGAAGUAGCCAACUAUGUAUAAUGCACAGAUAUAACAAGACUAUGCUUGAUAUUAGAAAGAUGUACAUGUUGAUUUCUGUUCACCGCUAGUUUCAGACUAUGUUAUGUUUUUUUUGUUUUUUGUUUUUUUUUUUUGUCAGAAAUUGUUAAUAGAUUUCUCAGGAAAUAAUAACUUCUUCGUGGCAAACUAUG